UGGCUGCACAUACCUGAGAGCUUCCUGUCAGACGGUCGGGGAUGGAAGGAAGUUUCUGUGCUCCGGCUGCAGCUCUGUUCAGCCUCACCCUGCUGUGGAAGCUUAAAGGGGACCUCAGUGGGUCCGGGUACUGGACCGCUGCCUCCAGGGCCCUAAUGGGGGCCCUCAUGGGGGCCACUGUGUGUUGGACGGUCCCUGCAGCUCUCUGUGGGCCGGUCCUCCUCGGCUGCAGCUUCAUCCUGAUCCACAUCGGGAGGAGAGACGAGCUGCUGCCGACAGAGAGCAGAGCGGUGCUGGUUACAGGCUGUGACUCCGGGUUCGGUCUGGCUCUGGUGCAGCGGCUCAGUGAACGAGGACUGAAGGUGUUUGCUGGAGUUCUGGAUGUGAACGGAUCCGGAGCUCGGCGGCUCCGAGAGCGACAGUCUGAGAACCUGCAGGUCCUCCAGCUGGACGUCACCGACGGGUCGCAGAUUGAGGCCGCACGCCGCCACAUCAUCACUCAGGUGGCCGCUGGCACAGGUCUGUGGGGUUUGGUGAACAACGCCGGAGUCCUACCGUGCCCCCUGGACGCAGAGCUCCACCCGAUGGCGGCGUACAGGCGCUGCAUGGACGUGAACUUCCUGGCGGCGGUGAGGAUGUGUCAGGUGUUCCUCCCUCUGCUGAGGAGGUCCAGAGGACGCAUCGUCAACGUGUCCAGCAUGGCAGGUGAGGUGCCGAUGCCGCUGCUGGCUGCAUACGGCGCGUCGAAGGCGGCGCUCAGCGUUCUGUCGAAGGUGAUGAGGUUGGAGUUGUCUGUGUGGGGCGUCGAAGUGUCCGUGAUUCAACCUGCAGGCUUCAGAACAAAUAUCUUUGGAAACAGUGAUGAUGUCACUCGUUACACAGACAAGGUCCUCGCCACAAUUUCCUCUGAUGCCAGAGAGGAUUAUGGGGAGGCGUACAUCGCGUCACUCCCAAACAGCCUGUCCAAGAUGUCCCGGCAGUCGGCGGAGGAUUUGUCUCCCGUGGUGGACGACAUGUGCCACGCUCUGCUGUCAGCUCAUCCCAGACCUGUGUACAUGCCGGGGCAGAUGGGAUGGCUGCUCCCGUUCCUCCACCGCUACUGUCCCACCGGCGUGUUCGACGCCAUCGCCAUGAAGCUCUUUAAACACACCGACUGUGAACCAGCAGGACUCAACAGGAGCUGAGGCUCAUGGGAAAAUGCAGUGAUUCAGCACAGUCGGCAGUUUCCCACAGGAACAACACGCCCUUACUUUGAAAAGAUGCUGCAGACAACCGAGACGAUGAUUUAUGUUUCAUUUACAGUUUGUCCUCCCGACUGUCUGAUUUUAAACAGAAUAAAAACAUUAAUAUAUUAAACAUUAUAUUCUAUAUCUCUCA